UUACACAAAAAUCCUCGGCAUUUGGAAAGUGGAAACAGCUACGGUGGGCGAACCGCCACACGCUCGCGCGCUAGUUUUAGAGAGUGGGGCGUCAGUCAGUUAACGAGUUGACUCACGCGAGUUCGAAUGCGCUGCUCAGUUCUCUGUCUCGCUCGCUUGAGAAUUCGCCUCUUUCCGUCCUCCGCCACCGGCUUAGGGUUGCAAUCAACCGUCUCCGAACUUCCGAAAGAACGGCAAAUCGGUAGCUCUACCAUCGCUUGAAUUUUCCUUUCACCGGAGAUCGGCUGCAGAACAUACAGCAGAUUGAGGACGACAGCGAAUUUCUUGUCUCUGUUUCGGUUAGGGUUUUUUUUCAUGCUCCCGUUCAUCGGCGUCAUCAACAGUGAAGCAGUCGCUUUCAUGUCUCAUGAAUGGAGAUUAUCGCUUUCUCUUCUCAACCUUUCCUCAUAGCCUCCUCCGUCACUCUGCUGUCGCUCUUGCUGACUGUCCUCUCUCUUCUCCGAUUGAAAACGCCGAGCAAAUUGCGCCCUCCUUCGGUAUCGUCUUCUUCGUCGAUGCCCUGCGGUUCUGGCUGUUCCGGUGACGGAACCGUCGGAAAUACGGACUCUGCCACUUCUAGAGGGUGCGUAAACGGUGGUGGUGAAGCGACGGGGGAAAUGGUGGUGGCCGCUAGCGAGAAAGCGGCGGUGGAGAGGCAGUGUGGGGCGUCAAUGAUGGAGCAGCUGGUUCCAGAGAUCACGACGCACGCUCUGAGUUAUUUGGAUUACCCGAGUCUGUGUAGGUUGUCCAUGACUAAUUCGUUGAUGCGUAAGGCUGCAAAUGACGAUAAUGCUUGGAAAGCUCUUUAUCACAAGGAUUUUACAGUGGAACAAGAUAGUGUCACACCUGUUAAUGGUUGGAAAGCAUACUACGCAGCUACAAGAGCCAUUGUCAAUCUGAAUGCAGAGUUCUUCAGCAUCAUCAGAGAAAGGUCUCUCCAAGAUAUGAGUCUUUUCUGGCUUAAUGCAGAUUAUGUGAAGUGCAUUCAUGCAUCAGGAAAACUUUUCUCAGGGUACAAUGCUGUGAUACAGAGCUGGCAGCUUGCAUUCAACUGGGAGCAAGGAGUCGACUUUCAGGUACGAGACGUGCGGGUUCGGGUCCUGACCGACAUGGCCUGGGUCACAAUGAACACCUAUGUUGAGAUGGAGACCGGGCCGUUCAAUGUGACGAAUGUGUUUGAGUUCCACAACGGGAGGUGGUACCUGGUGCAUCAUCACAGCUCAGUGGACCAGCAGAUUAUGCAUCCGUAAGUUAUGAGUGCAAGGUAAGGAAUAUAGCGGGGAGUGAUAGAUUUAACAUUAGCUGGAUAAAUAGUUCUAUUAGUGAUUGGUAGGGGGUUGGUUGUUCUUGUUCACUCUUCUUUCUAUUAUUUCUUUCUUGGGUUUCUGUGUUUUGGGGAGGAAAUAUUGAUCAGUAAAUGAAGAAGUCAUUGGUAGGUCCUUUUUUAUCCAAUCCAGUUUUGGUCUUUCAUUUGUGGUUAAAGGGAAAAAGGCUCCGAUGUUUCUUCUUUGAUUUCCCUUUUUUCCCCCUCUUGGUUAAGUUCAGUGGGUAAGUUAAUUGUAUGGACUGGAGAGAGUGCAAGGUGCAAGUAAGUGUUAAUAGUAAAGAUUUCUUAUUGAGAAAUGCAAGUUGGAAAGGAAAAGAUAUGUUCUUGGGGAUAAAGGUGAAUGGCGUUGGCCAAUGAUAGACAUGGUUACCUUGUACGUC